UAGAUUUUAAGGUAAAUAUAAACCCCAAUUAAAACUAACAAUUUGCUGCAGGUUCGUUUAUUUUCAAUAUAAAACGUUUAUUCGAGAAACCCCGGCGCUCAGAACCAUCAUGGACUUCGCCAGCGUACUCGGUAAAAGCGAGGCGCACCAACGCACCAUAAUCCACCUGGACAUGGACUACUUCUACGCUCAGGUGGAGGAGAUUCGGGAUCCUACGCUGCGAUCAAAGGCUCUGGGAAUCCAGCAGAAGAACAUUGUGGUCACGUGCAACUAUGUUGCGCGGGCCAAAGGAGUGGCCAAACUGAUGCUAAUUGCGGAGGCUCAACGAAUCUGUCCAGAGUUGGUUCUGGUCAAUGGAGAAGAUCUCGCCCCGUAUCGACAGAUGUCGCAAAGAAUCUUCGACCUCCUACUUAACUACACUCCGCUGGUGGAGAAGCUCGGCUUCGAUGAGAACUUCAUGGAUGUGACGGCGCUGGUGGAGCUCCGUCAGGCUCAUGCCGCUGAGGCCCAGCAGAAGCCACCUGUGGGUCACACAUACCCGGCGGAUGGCACUCCAUUAUCCACCUGCGACUGUGGCUGCGCCCAGCGACUGGCGAUUGGCACUCGGAUAGCCCAGGAAAUCAGAGAGGAACUCAAGCUUCGCCUGGGAAUUACCUGUUGCGCCGGAAUCGCCUUCAACAAGCUGCUAGCCAAGCUGGUCGGAGGCAGCCACAAACCCAAUCAGCAGACCGUUCUCGUUUCUACGUAUGCGGAGCAGUUCAUGCGCGAACUGGGCGAUCUAAAGCGCAUCACUGGAAUUGGUCAGAAGACACAGUGCCUCCUGCUGGAAGCUGGCAUGUCAUCAGUGGAACAACUGCAGCAGUGUGACAUGGACGUGAUGCGCAAAAAGUUCGGCUUUGAAACUGCCACCAGACUGCGGGACUUGGCUUUUGGUCGCGACACGAGCUCUGUCCGUCCUACCGGAAAACCUAAGACCAUUGGCAUGGAGGAUGCCUGCAAGCCCAUCUCGGUGCGAACCGAUGUGGAGGAGAGAUUCCGCAUGCUGCUCAAGCGGUUGGUGGAGCAGGUUGCAGAGGAUGGUCGCGUUCCCAUAGCCAUUAAGGUGGUGCUGCGAAAGUUCGAUUCCCAGAAGAAGAGCAGCCACCGGGAGACUAAACAGGCCAACAUCCUACCCUCCCUUUUUAAGACCUCCGUGUGUCCAGGAGAAACCGGCGUGAGCAAGGUACAACUGGCAGACGGAGCCCAGGACAAACUCCUCAAGAUUGUGAUGCGCCUGUUUGAGCGUAUUGUGGAUAUGAGUAAGCCAUUCAACAUCACCUUGUUGGGUCUGGCCUUUUCCAAGUUCCAGGAGCGGAAAGUUGGCUCCUCGUCCAUAGCUAAUUUCCUGAUCAAGAAGGCGGAUCUCGAGGUGCAAUCGAUCACCUCCCUAACAAAUACGAGUCUCACGAGUCCCACAGCAGAGAGUCCCACAUCAGACGAAUUUGCCUUCCGCUCCUCACCAACAACAUUCAAGCCGAGCGAUCAGUUCUACAGGAGAAGAGCUACUACGGCAUCGCCAGUGCCCAUGCUGCUGGAUAAUGGUUCCGAAUCAGCAGCCACGAACUCGGACUUCAGCGACUUCUCCGAGACUGAAGUGGAACCGUCUCCGAAAAAGAGUCGAAUCGGACGGAUACUGGUGUCCAAGCGCAGCCGUUUGGCGGCGGAUGUGGGGGAUACCGCUGCGGAGGUGGCCUCGCCCAGCAAGUUGCGCGUCUGUGAUCUUCGUCUGAAUUCACGAGACAGCGAAAAGGACUUCCCCAUGAGUACUACGCCCUCAACUUCUACGUCCGCGCCGGCUCCUCGUUUCCGCACCGUCCAGCCACCGAAUACGUUGCUGCAGCGAAUCGACGGCAGCCUCCGCUUCGUGUCCACGCGCACUGCCAGUCGCUUGAGCUCAAACGCCAGCUCCACGGCAUCCUCGCCUCUUCCUUCGCCAAUGGACGACUCCGCAAUAAGCGCACCCAGCACACCAACCAUGUCGUUCCCAUCACCCAUCGCUACAGCAGUGGUUACCACCACUUCCAGCACGUCGCCGAGCGAUGUCCUCACGAAUAUCGCUUGUCCAGCGGGCGUGGAUGCAGAGGUGUUCAAGGAGCUACCCGUAGAGUUGCAAACCGAAUUGAUCGAGUCGUGGCGCAGUUCCCUAGUGGCGGCGGUGGAACAAACAAAUGGGACAGGAGCUACUACAACCACAGCGAUAGCAAGUGGAGCACCAGCCACUGCCACCACCGCUAGCGGAGGUCAGAAGAACACACUGUAUCGCUACUUUCUGCGGAACAAGUGAUGCAGUGCAUCCAAGCAUCACAUCGUUUUUAGUUUUAGGGACAAAGUGAAUAAAUCCGUUUAUAUAUAUGAUAUAUUUUUGUAGGUAUACGGUUACAGAUUGUAAGUUGAGGGCGCCGCUUUAGACGAACUUAAGCCUAGAAUACAUAAAUAAAAUCGUGGAUAGAUUUCUAGGAGUUAUAAAUGAACAGUUUAUCUAAAAAAAAAAAUUUUAAGGAACGGGAAAAUUAAAAAAAUAUAUAUAUUUGGUAUUCCUAGUUUUUCCGAAUGUGUGACUUAGUUUUCGAAAUUAUUUACAAGCCCAACAAAACUUAACAGUUGGGAUUUUAAUAAAAAUUAUUUUAGAAUAUCUAUUUCCAUCUUUAAAAUUUGUUUAUUUUAUUACCUUGAAAUCUACCUACUACAAUGACCAAUUACAAAUAUGAAUACUCAGCGCGACAGUAUCUUUUUCAGAGGCUUACUAAGUAGUAAAAUCCUAGUGGGUCUUAGUCUAGAGCGGUUUCCCUAGCAGCUGUGAGUUCCAAGACACAAGUCACAUCCUUGUUGCACAUUCGAAAUACAUUUAUUACUUCAUUUACACUUCAUAUCAUACAAAUUCAAUUGGUUGGGUUACCUACUUAAGUAUAGUUAAUACAGAAUAUCUGAACCCUGACAUCUCACACAAAGGAACAAAACUUUAGCUAAUUGAGCUUGACUUGAUACAAGUAAAUUGAUUUUCGGUUUUCUGUAGUUAUUACCUCGAAGAAAAUGGCAACGAAAGUUGGACAGUAUAAAAAAUGUCUUUAACUUAUGCUAACGAUAAUUAAAUAAAGUGAAGUCCUUAGAUCGAGAAA